AUGGCAGUCAAUGAAACUACUGAUAUUGGUAAGGUGAGAAAGACAUUGGAAAUAGCCUUCGAGAUUUCCCCAGAAAAUGAUUACUUAACUAAGAAGUUUUGGAAUCUUCCCGUUGCUGCUCAGCUUUCAAGAGCAGAGAUCAAUGAGUCAUUCACAGAGUACAGCGAAUACUUCAUAAGCAAAGGAGGAAUAUUACUCGAAGCGAAUAACUUUGAUUGCGUAGCUAUUAUUGUCCCUCCUAAGUUUAACCCUUUGGAAUUAGAGGAUACUGAAGAUCCCAUAUUCAAUGAGCAAUUCAUCAAAGCAGGUGAUAGAUAUAAAGAUAAGCUAGGCCUUGGCAACACUAUCCCAUAUUACUAUUUAUUUAUGAUAGGAAAGAAUCUUAAUCAGCCCCACAUAAAAGGAUCGGCUAGAGCAAUUAUCGACUAUUUGAAGGAAAGGGCAGAUUCUGAGGAUGCAGCCGUCAUGCUAGAGGCAAUCAACAAAAACGCCAAAGAGGUAUACGCCCAUUUUGGGUUCGAAAAUUAUGGUGAAUUUUCAUACGGAGUAGGGGAAGUAGACUCAAAAGGUAACCCAAAUACAAAUGGAGAAGGGUUUACAGCAGCAUUUAUGGCUUAUUUCAAAGGGGGAAAAUUACCUUUACAAGUUCAGGAGCAAGCAUACGUAUGA